CUUUACAUAUUUUUUCCGAAAAAGUUCCGAAAUGGCCACCGUCAACGUUAACCGUAGUGUGACAGAUAUCUUUUAUCGAUAUAAAAUGCCGCGUCUUCAAGCAAAGGUAGAAGGAAAAGGCAACGGCAUCAAGACUGUUUUGGUUAAUAUGGCUGAAGUUGCACGCGCUAUUGGUCGUCCGGCCACCUAUCCGACAAAGUACUUUGGCUGUGAGCUGGGCGCUCAAACACUUUUCGAUCAUAAGAAUGAACGGUUUAUUGUUAAUGGAUCACAUGACGUCAACAAGCUUCAGGAUUUGUUGGAUGGCUUCAUUCGAAAGUUUGUUUUGUGCCCUGAAUGCGAUAACCCAGAGACUAAUCUGACCGUAUCAGCAAGGAACCAGACAAUCUCGCAGUCCUGCAAGGCAUGCGGCUUCCAUGGUCUGCUUAAGGUGAACCACAAAGUGAACACAUUCAUUGUGAAAAAUCCACCAUCACUUAACCCAGCCGCUCAAGGUUCCUCGCUCACUGAAGGGAAACGCUCGAAAAAGCAGAAACAGAAGAACGAAAACUCUGAUGGCUCCAUGUGUAACAACUCAAUAGCCAACAAUUCUGGCGGAGAGUCGGACGGCGGCAAUGGCCCCAAUCAGGCCAGCCAAACGGAGGCUGAAAUAAGCGCGGCCAUUCCGGAGAAAAAUAUAGGUGAAGACGAUGAUGAUGGCUGGAGCGUCGACGUAUCUAAGGAGGCCAUACGCGCGCGCUUACAAGAUCUAACCGAUGGUGCUAAGGGCAUGACAAUUUCGGAGGACUACGACAAGACAGAAAAGGAACGCAUUGAUAUCUUUUAUGAAUUGGUGAAAAACAAGCGUGACAAAAGAGAGCUGGAGGAUGUUUCUGUACACAAGGAGCUGCUGAUCGAAGCCGAACGAUUGGACAUAGUUAACAAAUCCCCGCUGGUUCUCGCUGAGCUUUUGUUCACUGAGAACAUUAUUAAUGACGUUCGCAAAAACCGCAUCUUGUUACUUCGCUUUACUCAUAAUAAUCCAAAAGCACAGCGCUAUUUAAUUGGCGGCAUCGAGCAAACUGUCGAGCUACAUACGAAUACGCUAAUGAGCAAGGUCGCCGGGAUCUUCAAAAUCUUUUACGAUUUGGACAUACUCGAUGAAAAAGUGAUUCUGGACUGGGCACAGAAAGUGAGCAAACGACAUGUUUCCAAGAAAAUUGCCACUGAGAUACAUGAGAAGGUAAAGCCGUUUGUACAGUGGCUCAAAGAUGCCGAAGAAGAAGAUUCUUCCUCUGGAAAUAAUGAUGAUGCUGCUGGCGAUUCUGACGUGGAGAUUGAGUACGAUGAUCGGGCCCGCAUUGAACCAUUAAAGGUUGCCGUAUCCUUGGAACGUGGGCUUGGCGUUGCCGUUAGUAAGAAAACCCAGGAGGAUGAGGAAGGAGAUGAAAUUGAUAUAGACGACAUAUAGACAACCUCAAAACAUCACCUGCAAUGUUUUUUUUAAAACGGAAUCGGAAAUGUUCUAAACUUUGAAGUAAUACGAUGUUGCUUUCCUUUGAUUUACAGCUUUGCUAAAUUUCGAUUGUAAGCAUUGCAUAAAUUAACCAGCUAUAAAAAAUAAGUUAAUUGAACUUAAUUACAUCUGCAUAUAUACACAAAAUAAAAAACUCAACAGAAUGCAAUAGAAACCAA